AUGCCUCAGGACCGGUUCUGUGAUGCCAACCGGUUCAUGCGGGACCGGAAAAGAGCAAGGCGUCAAUUUGAUACAGCCAGUCUCAAGGUGUUCAUCCGUGAACAGAUCGAUUUUCUGGGGUAUAUGGACAAGGAGAUUAUUGACGAGGAAAAGGCUCAGAUGGGCGUGUUUGAUGACAGCCACCUUCGCUCAGAGGAACUAAACAGCAAUGGCACAUGA